AAUAGUUUCAUCGUUUGGUCAAAUAGUCAUCAUAGGUGGAUUGUUUCAGUCGUUGCCGUUCGAAUGGUUUACUGAAUCGGGUGGUUGAAUCAUUGAACGUUCCGAUGGCAGUCUUCCGAUUCCGAAGUGUUCGGUGUCGUUGUCGUUGUCGUUGUCAGUCCUAGCGCCUGUGCCAACCGAACGCAGGAGAGCGCAGUGUUGUGUCUAUCGCAAAUGUAUAUAGUACGAUCCGCGCGUCAUCCGACAAGAAGUACAGAAAUCAAUAAAACUUACAUAACGUAGCCAAAUGUUAUAGUACGCGCCCAGAACACGGCAGAUAUUCAAUGGACGUGCUCGCACCAAUACGGCGAUAAUAUAACUUCCUAUUAAGCAAUUGUUAAUUCUAAUACCCGAUACGGUUUCAAUUAUUGACAGAUUCUAAUAAGAACUGUAUAAGAUUGAUAACAUAUAUAAAUGUGUAAUUCGUAUUUGUGAUUGUUAUUAUUUAAUGAAAUUAUUAAUUUUUGAUUCAGGUGACAUAAAAUUAAGUGCGUUUUAUCGUAUUGAGUGUAUCGUUAUUGUAAUAUUGUAAUAUUGUAUUGUCGAAUGUGGUGAAUCCAAUCCAAUCCAAUCCAAUCCAAUCGAAUAUUAUUCAAUCGUUCGAAUCAUUUUAUUGUUCAGUCUAUAUCUAUUCGAAGUGAAUGAUUUUGAAUUGCUGUUGUUCGUGUUUGAUAGUUUAUAAAUCGACGAAGAAAUAAUGCAACAGGAACGUUACAUACCGGGCGAUAUAACGUUGAAAAUCGAUGGUGGUUCGAAGGUGCAGGGUUCCGUGCACGAAUUGGCGCCGCUGAACACGCGUGCACGAGGCGACGGUUCGCAUGGGGUGACGAUCGUCCUUAGUCCCGUGCGAGGCGGUUCCGUCGGCGAAGUUCAAGAUCUGCCCGGCGGCGAUCCCGACCGAGCGGCAUGGAGUGGAAAAUUGCAAUUUUUUCUAUCCAUUAUCGGUUACUCGGUCGGCUUGGGCAACAUUUGGAGAUUUCCCUAUUUGUGUCAACAAAACGGAGGUGGUGCGUUUCUCAUACCCUUUAUGAUAAUGUUAAUAUUAGAGGGCAUUCCUCUAUUUUUAAUAGAACUGGGCAUAGGCCAGAAAAUGAGGCUGGGGUCUCUCGGAGUCUGGAAUACAAUACACCCCUGGUUGGGUGGAAUCGGCAUUGCCAGCUGUAUUGUUACAUUGUUCGUUGCAUUGUACUACAACGUUAUCAUAACAUGGUGCUUUUACUAUUUGUUUAAUAGUUUUCAGUCUCCAUUGCCGUGGUCGUCGUGUCCGCAAAUAAACGGCACGGACGUCGCGGAGUGCGCGCGAUCUUCGGAAACCGCGUACUUCUGGUACCGGACGACGCUGGACGCUGCGCCCUCCAUGGACGACAGCGGCGGCAUCAAGUGGUGGAUCGUUCUAUGCCUGCUGCUUUCAUGGACGGUGGUCUUCUUCAUCGUCAUGAAGGGUAUACAGAGCUCUGGAAAGGUGGUGUAUUUUACUUCAUUGUUUCCAUAUGUAGUGUUAACAAUUUUCUUCAUACGCGCAGUUACUCUAAAAGGAGCUAGUGCUGGUCUUAUACACAUGUAUACACCUAAGGUGGAAAAGUUGUUGGAUCCCACCGUGUGGCUGGAUGCUGCCACGCAAGUGUUCUAUUCGUUCGGCCUUGCUUUCGGUUCGCUGAUCGCCUUCGGCAGCUACAACACGCCGAAGAACAAUUGCGUGCGGGACGUCAUAUUGGUUUCCGUCUGCAACGCUCUGACGGCGAUCUACGCCAGCCUCGUCAUUUUCGCCAUCCUCGGUUUCAAAGCGAUGACGAAUGUCGACAGGUGUAUCGAUGUAAAUAAGGGCAUUCUUUUUGCCCAUGAUAUCCUCCCGUCUCGAAAUGUCAGUCAGGCCGAAUAUGAGGCGGGAAUGGCAAACGCACUGGCGCGAGGCAAUGAAACGAAGGCUUGGGACUUGGAAGAAUGCAGUCUCGCCACUCAACUGGACAAUGCUGCAGAAGGCACGGGCCUGGCGUUCAUAGUCUUUACUCAAGCAAUUGUCGAAUUACCCGGAGCGCCAUUCUGGGCUGUGAUUUUUUUCAUGAUGUUGUUAUCUUUGGGAUUAGGUUCACAAAUUGGUAUUUUAGAAGGAAUGCUUUGUACAAUUUUCGAUAUCGAAAUUUUCAAAAGGAUACGAAAACCUUAUGUAACAGGUGUGGUUUGCGUUUUCUGCUUUCUGGUCGGUUUAAUAUUUACGACCGGCGCAGGUGAAUAUUGGCUGAAAAUGUUCGAUUCUUUUGCGGGAACUAUUGGACUUGUCGUGGUGGCUUUGUUGGAAAUGAUUUCUGUCAUAUAUGUAUACGGCCAUGAGAAGUUUACAAAUGAUAUCUAUGAAAUGACAGGGUAUCGGCCUGGAAUGUAUUGGCAAAUCACUUGGCGAUAUAUUGGUCCGGUUAUAAUGACGGUCAUCUUGGUAUCGAGUAUAGUCUUUAUGAUUAUCGAAAAUCCAAAGUAUCAAGCAUGGAGCGCAGAACUGGGUGCGGUGGUACCGACUUCGUAUCCUGGCUGGGUGAUGUCGAUAGCUGUCUGCAUGAUAUGUGCUGGUGUCCUGCCGAUGCCGGUCGUCUUCUUCAUGCGACGUUGUCAAUGUCUCAAACUGGAUGUCGACAUCCAUCAAGGAUCGAUCAGGAGGAUCGAGACAACAGCCUCCACGAAGGAGAUGAUCGACGAAGAUGAUGAAGAGGACGAUGACGAGAAUGACUUUUCUCGGCCGCAGCCCGACGGCCCCGUCGGCCAGGACAGCGACGACGACGAGCCGCCUACGAUGCUGAACCGCAACUCGAUCGCGCGUCUCUCGCCCGCCGACGCGAAGCGCUUUCGCAUGGAAGUCAUGGAUUUCUGAAGAAGACUCGAACAACACCUUCGAGAUCCUCGCCGAGUUCAAUCAGUCUCAUUCUCGAGUCGAAUGUUGUUUAGUCAUUAUUGAGAAGUAUACCUUGAUAUUAUAUUUGUACAUGUAAUAUAUACGUGUAUAUAUAUACGUGUAUAUAUAUAUGUAUGUAUAUAUGUGUGUGUGCGUGUGAAUGUAUGUAUAGCCGGUAUGCAUAUAUAAAUAUGUGUAUACAUACACCUGGGCAUAUAUACAUGUUUUGCACAUGUAUAGGUAUGUGCAUGCGUGUAUGUUUGUAUAUAUGUAUGAUAAAUAUGUGUGUACGUAUAUUUACAUUGCAUAUACCUACAUAGUAAACGUGUGAAUGGUUUAAGUUUAAGUUUAAGUUUAGUAAGUUUAUGCAUGCGAAUGCGUUUGAGCCGAAUAAAAUAGUACCUCAUGUUCCGUGCAAAGCGCGCUUAACUUAGCAGAGUGGGAAAGGUAUGCGAAUAGAUGUAAAAUAGUACAAAGAAUUAAUUGUUUAUAUUGUAAUUAGUUAAUUAGUUAGUUAUUAUGACAAAUGUCUGAGAUAUUUUCGGUUAUAAUAUGGUGAUGUUCAAUAAAAGCACAAUUACAUGAUAUUCAUUGUUUACGACUGAUGUUGUGGCCGUCGAUGUCGAAAAAGCAAAAAUUAUGAUUUGCAUGUAAAAGCAAGAGAUAAUAUGAUAAUUGACGUAAUUUAUAUAGUGAUAGUUUUAUUUACUUGCACUUAGUCGCUAUUAAACGUUAUCGCUGAUUUUGUUCUCCGGUCUUUAUAGUCGAUUAGAUACUUGAUAAAUUCUCAUUAACAUCUCGUAUAUCUUUACCAUUUCCAACAUAGCGUAGGUAUUUAUUAACUAAUAAAGUUGUGAUAUGAUAAUAUAUGUAUUUUACCGCUAUUAUUUUAAUCUGGAAUAUUUAGUUGUUAAUGAUUUAGCGGUUUGUCGAUGACAUAAUAAAUGAAAACAUAGAUCUGAUUUAGGAAUUGCUUAGUAAUUAAAUAAAAUUUAGAUAACUAUCUGUGCACGCCGUCUUGUUUGAAAUUUAAUCCUUUGAAGAUUACACAGUCAAUAUACCAUGAAUACUUAACAAUUCCUAGAAACUGAAUAAAUUUAA